UUGAGUCCGGCAACUAGUCAUCGUUCUGCCCAUAGAGAUCCUAAUGACUAAUUAUGUGGGCCUACUGCCAGGGGGCUCUCUUUGGCUGGCUGUCUCCAGUAGUCCUAGCCAGGCAACGAUUAUCUCCUCUUCCUCUCUGGCCCCAGUUCGUGCUCAUGACAUGUCUGCAGUCUGAAUGGUUUGUUUUUGCUAGCCGGCUCGUUUGAAGAAAGUAUCUGGUGGAGCUUGAGUGUGUAAAAUGAGCAACGUACAAAUACAAUUCGUACUAAUUGUGUCAUGUAUUUAGCUAGCUGGUCAUAUCCAUAAUUUCCAUGCAACAUCCGUUAACGUUAGUACAGAAGCUUAAGCUUCUAAACGAGCUAACAUUAGCUACGUCGAAUAAAUGAAUACACAUUAACGGAGUCCCCACAUCGGUGAUAUUGUUAGUCAACUAGCUAGCUAAAAUAGCAUCCUGAGCUUGGAUUUUCUUGUGCUUUCAUCAAUGUGCCCAUUCAGACGUUUAUCUGCACUCUCACUGGCUAGAAUGGUCCCACCUGAUCUCGCUUCCCUCUCUCGUCUGCCUUCCAUAUUUUACAACACGUAUUUCCAUUAUUAGAGCGGUCAUAAGACUAUCUUGUCAAUAUAAUAGACAAUAUUUGAUAAAGUCAGUGUUCGACAUUGCAGGCGACUGCCGACUGACUGAUAUACAUAGAACAAUGCGUCAUAAAUAACUCAUUAUUAUUUGUAGGUCAGUCACAAUUUACCUAUGAUACUUUACGGUUUUGAUCCUCUCGAACACGGCCAAUUAAUCCUUGUUCCUACAGAGAUCCACAAAUCCGCCAUGGCACACAUCAAGAACUUCCUGUAUGCUUGGUGUGGAAAGAAGAAACUUACAUCCAGCUAUGACAUUCGAGGAGCUGGAAACAAAAACCGGCAGAAGUUUCUGUGUGAGGUUAGUAUUGAGGGAUUCAACUACACUGGAAUGGGGAACUCCACCAAUAAGAAGGAUGCACAGGCAAAUGCUGCCAGAGACUUAGUCAAUUAUCUUGCCCAAGUCCAAGCCCUUGGGGUAAGUGUACCUGACUUCAGUGAGCCUAGCUGUGGGGGAGGAGAGGGUGAUAAAGGCAACGUCGGCUUUGGAAGUCUUCCUCCAAGUGGACCUAUCCCACCUCACCUGGUUGUGAAAGCUGAGGAGAAAGUGAAGCUGUUCAUGUCUCACAACAACAUGACCAACUACACCAUGGUCUGGGACUCCAAAACCAACCUGGAGCAGAGGAAGGGUCGGGCCGGCCGCAUCCAGGCUGGCUUCUGCUUUUAUCUGUGUAGCAGAGCAUGCUUUGACAAACUGGAGACCCAUAUGACCCCUGAGGUAUUCCGUACUCCUCUCCAUGAGGUAGCCCUGAGCAUCAAGCCGCUGAGACUAGGAUCCAUUGGCCAUUUAUUUUCCAAGGCCAUCGAGCCCCCUCCCCUGGGCGCAGUUAUCGAGGCAGAAUACACACUGAAAGAACUGGAUACCUUGGACACAAAUGACGAGUUGACUCCACUUGGUCGGAUCCUUGCAAAGCUUCCAAUCGAGCCACAGCUGGGAAAGAUGAUGAGUAUGGGCUGCAUAUUCAAUGUUGGAGAUGCAGUGUGCACCAUCUCCGCAGCGUCAUGCUUCCCAGAGCCCUUCAUCAAUGAUGGCAAGCGCUUGCACUACGUGCACCGUAACUUUGCUGGUACCCGCUUCUCAGACCACGUGACACUGCUGUCAGUCUUCCAGGCUUGGGACGAUGUGAGAACGGGAGGUGAGGAUGCGGAGUCCAGAUUCUGUGAACACAAGAGGCUCAACAUGUCCACACUAAGGAUGACCUGGGAGGCCAAAGUGCAGCUGAAGGAGAUCCUCAUCAACUCUGGCUUCCCUGAGGAGUGCUUGAUGACACAGAUGUUCAACAACGUUGGACCUGACAACCACCUUGACGUGGUCAUCUCUCUCCUGACAUACGGCUCCUAUCCCAACGUGUGCUACCACAAGGAGAAGAGGAAGAUUCUCACCACUGAGGGGUGCAAUGCCCUCAUCCAUAACUGCGCCUUCAGCAGCCAGGACAUAACCUACCCAUCACCGUUCUUUGUCUUUAGCGAAAAGAUCCGGACUCGAGCCAUCUCCGCCAAAGGAAUGACACUAGUCAGCCCACUCCAGCUGAUCUUAUUUGCCUCCAAGAAAAUCACAUCAAACGGGGAAAUCAUUGAGCUGGAUGAUUGGAUCAAACUGAAGAUACCUCAUGAUGUGGCUGGCUGCAUAGCUGCAUUGAGGGCUGGAAUGGAGGCCCUUGUUGUGGAAGUCAUCAAAGACCCUGAGUACAUCAGACAGCUGGACCCCACAAACGAGCGCAUGCUCAACAUCAUCCGCCAAAUCUCCAAGCCCUCCGCAGCCGGGCUUAACCUUAUGGUCAACAAUCUACGUUUUGGCGAUGGUCUAUGUCCUCGUAAAAUGGGCAGGUUUGAUGGAAGUGGAGGAGGGUACAGAGGAGGUGUAAGUAACAGAGGAAGCGGUGGCGGAUACCGUGGAGGUGGUGGAUACAGGGAGGGUCAGGGAUAUUAGAGCAUGUAACUUUUUGGAUGUUGUAUAUAAAAAUGCAUAAUAUGUUUGUUUAUUUUACUGUAAUAUUAGAAAAAUGUCUAAGGAUGUUUUGUUUUAGUUGUGCAUUGUGUGACACCCCACCACCACCACCACUAUGAAGUCAAGGUUAUUGGCCCACAUAUUUACAUUUACGUCAUUUAGCAGACGCUCUUAUCUAGAGCGACUUACAAAUUGGUCCAUUCACCUUAUGAUAUCCAGUGGACAACCACUUUACAAUAGUACAUCUAUAUCUUUUUUUUAGAGGUGGGGUUUCAGGUGUGAUAAAUGAACAAUUUUAAGUCUUUGCUAUAUGGAUCAUCCAUUCUCUGUAUUGUCUUUUAGACCGACUCAUUGGAUUAGUUAGUGUUAAAUAUUUCAUUUCAUGAGCUUCAUUUUGUCAGUGAUAACUUAAAGAUGAUCAUUAAAGAAAUCAAUUCAAUAAAAUACUUUUCUCCAACACCGCAAGAUUUCCUUGGCAUUUCCGCUGAAGGCACAAAAAGGAGCACAAUUUUGACAAAACGAUUUAAUUAAUUGUUCAUAUAAAGUGCACAUUUAUGUGGCCAGUGCAUAAAGAAAGCAUUUAAAUGGACAUGAACACAAGAAAAAUAAUCGACUUAAGUAGUAACAUCUGUUACAUGGGAAGAUACUGAGCAAACAGCUACAUUCAAUAGUGAAUUGUCUGUCAAAGGUCUGGUUACUUAAACUUGUUUUAACCAUUGUGUACAACACAUUUACGCUGCAAUCCUAGACUCAGGAAUCCACCCACAUUUUGUGCAGCAAGCCAACAUCGCCCUUGGUGUUGUACUCCAGUUUGUUGGUGGUGAUCUCCAAGCUGAGUUUCUGCAGGGCCUUGGAAAGAUGAUCUGUCUCGUUCUUGUUGCCACUGGCUGUCUGCUCCAGGUCCUCACUCACUUUGUACAGAUUGUCAGGAACAACAAUGGUCACGCCAUACCCGUGGUUAUCAUGAAUGUGGUUGUUGGUGAGCUUCAGCUGGGGCUGAGGGAGAAGCUGAAUAGAAAGCACAUUUCAUGUUACUGAUCAAUCCUUGGUUUUCUGCUUGAGUCGACAUAGACAUAAGUGAGUUUGUACACUAUUUUCACUAAGGUGAAGCUUACAGCGUACACCUAUUUAAAUUGGUCUGCUUAACUAUGCCACAUUUAUUACACUUACUACAACACUCACAGAUGUAUCAUGCUGCUGACAAUCUAGGGUUCCUCCUAGCUUUAGUUGAUUCAUUUCCCCAGAAUCACCACUUUCCCAAGAGUAAGCGGCGAAGAGAGAGGUUUUACUCCACCCAAAAUCUGUCCACAAAAACACCCACGAAGUGAGGAAUUUUUGUAUGGAGGUCAAUGACUGUUAAAAUGUAAAUACCAAUUUCCUAAGUAAGGCUUAUUUGAUCAAAUAGAAGUUUCAUAAUGGUUAGGUUGUUACGAAUGCACUGAUAAAAGUGGACGCACGUGGCAUUUUGACAACUUUGAAAAAAACAACUAUAGGCGUUGUGCAUGUUGUCAUAACGGACAUCUUGUAUAUAACCCGUUUUAGCAUGGACAUUGUCAUCGAGGACUUCCAUAAUUUAAAAGUAGUAAACUGAGUCGGGAUUCCUAUGAGUUGGGAGCAAUCAGCCAAUUAAGAAAAUUGGCCGCUUCAAAAUGGAGAUAGCCUCAAUGGCGCUGCCCAUGCUAUCACAGAUGCUAUAAUGGCAAAGAUACAAAGAUGAGUCCUCUAUCCAUCUCUAUGGCUUGAAAGUUCAUAUGCGUAUCUGCCCUCUCAU